GCCGGAAAUGAGAGGAUUUCUUCACAAUGAUUAGAAAUGCUAAAUUUUCGCGCCAAAUUCAAAAGUUUUCCUUUUUCCAGAACAAUUUAUCCGAUUCUAAAGCGCCUUCGUUUUCAUCAAAAAUCCCCACAAAACCUAGCAAUUCCAUAAACUGGGGAUUCAAUCAAUACCAAAAAUCCCCAAAUGAAACGAUUUCAUCUCGAGAUGUCUGCUUACGAACAAAAAUUAUAUCUUCCUGCGUGAACAACUUCAAAUUGGAUGAAGCCCUCAACCUGUUCGAUGAAACGCCGCAAAGAGACUUAGUCAUGUGGAAUCUGAUGAUCAAAGGCUGCAUCAGCUGUGGGAGCCUCGAUAUGGCCCUGAAGUUGUUCGAUGAAAUGCCUGAAAGGAACGUUGUAUCUUGGACAACGGUGAUCAGCGCGUUUCUCAAGAACGGGAUGGUCGAGCAGGCGAGGGGACUGUUCCAGGAGAUGCCGGAGAGGGACACGGCCGCGUGGAACGUGAUGAUCCACAGCUUGUCUGUGAAUGGGAGAGCAGAGGAGGCGAGUUCAAUGUUUAAGGUAAUGCCGGAUAGGAAUGUGAUCUCGUGGACUACGAUGAUCAGUGGGCUCGAUCAGAUGGGAAGGAAUGACAAGGCGCUCUCAAUGUUCGUGAAGAUGGUGGGGAUUGGAGUGAAACUGACUUCAAGCACUUUAUGCUCUGUUUUAUCAAGCUGUGCUAAAACUGGGGAGCUCUGUUUAGGGAUUCAACUCCAUGGCCAAAUUGCAAAGCUUGGAUAUGCUUUUGAUACAUAUAUUGUAGCUUCAUUGACGGGGUUGAGGUGAAGCUCGAGCACUACGCGUGUAUGGUGGAUAUAUUGUGUAGGAGUGGGGAGGUGGCGGAGGUGGAGCAGUUGGUGGAGGGGAUGCCUA